AUGUCCAACGUUUUCUUCGACAUUGAGUGGGAGGGCCCGGUCCUCGAUGCCAACAACCGGCCCACGUCGACUGUCAAGCCCCAGAGCGGCCGCAUCGAGUUCAAGCUCUACGACGACGUCGUCCCCAAGACUGCCGAGAACUUCCGUGAGCUCACCAAGCGCGAGAAGGGCCAGGGCUACCUUGGCUCGUCCUUCCACCGCAUCAUCCCCGAGUUCAUGCUCCAGGGUGGUGACUUCACUCGUGGCAACGGCACCGGUGGCCGCUCCAUCUACGGCGAGAAGUUCCCCGACGAGAACUUCAAGCUCAAGCACGACCGCCCCUUCCUGCUGUCCAUGGCUAACGCUGGCCCGAACACCAACGGUUCCCAGUUCUUCGUCACCACUGUCGUUACCUCGUGGCUCGACAACAAGCACGUCGUCUUCGGCGAGGCUGUUGGCGGUGACUCUGUCCACGUCAUCAAGUCUCUGGAGGCUACUGGCUCUUCGCCCAACGGUACCAUCAAGUACGGCAAGAAGCCUACCAUUGUCAAGUCUGGCGUGGUUUAA